AUGUUUCUGCGCUUCUGGCGCUGCGUGGACUCGCUCUCUGCUUUCGUGGCGCUCGCUUGUUUAACUGUGUUGUUUUCUAAAGUCUGUCUGUGUAACCCUGAGGAGGACGAUGAGGUCCUGGGGAAAAACCAGCUCGCUGAGCUUUACAAAAAGGGCUUCUUCAUCCUGGAGAGUGUCCAGCUCAAGCGCUGCGUGACAGUGAUCAGCUCAUACGUGUUGCUGGUGGACUGCGAGCAACCCACGCGCCGUAUGCUGUGGAAGUGGGUCUCCAGGCAUAGGCUCUUCAACUUGGGCUCCAGUAUGUGCCUAGGCCUUAACAUUUCAGAAAUAAAAGAGCCAUUGGGCAUGUUUGAGUGUGACAUGAAAUAUCCAGUGCUAUGGUGGCGCUGCAUUGGAAACAUGCUUUAUGGCGCAUCAGAGUGGAAGCUGACAGCAUCUGGAGGUGUGGUGGUGGUAAAAAAGAAUGUGUACUAUGAAUGGAAGAGACACAACACGCCCAGAGAAGGCCCCUGCUCGCAUCCAUAUGAAGAAACCCACACUCUGUUGGGAAACGCACAUGGAUAUCCUUGUGUUUUUCCUUUUAAUUACAACAACAAAUGGUACGUGGAGUGUACGACGGAGGGCCGAGAGGAUGAUCUUCACUGGUGUUCUACCACCGAUCGCUACGAUCUGUCUGAAAAAUGGGGCUUUUGCCCUGUUGAAGUUUCCAGUUGUGAGCACUUCUGGGAUUCAAACCAAGAGCUCCAGGCAUGCUACCAAUUCAACCUGUACACCGUCCUCACCUGGAGUCAGGCGCUGUCCACUUGUCUGGCUCAAGGGGGGAAUCUAUUGAGCAUCACCAGCCUGGCAGAGCACAGGUACAUCCGAGAUCGACUGGCAAAUUUUGGUGUGAUGGUGUGGUUUGGGCUGAACCAUCUUAAGGACGGGUACGGAUGGAAGUGGUCAGAUGGAGCUCCUGUUUCACUAGUGAAUUUCACUACAGCUCUUGCAGCUGGUCCGCUAGAGACUGACAUGCAAUGUGGGAUAUAUAAUCCUGCCUACGGAGGUCAGUGGCAGAGUCUUUCCUGUGAGUCUGCACUGCCUUACAUCUGCAAGAAGACACCAAAUAAUACCAGCACAGUGGAGCCACUUGAGAACUGGCAGUACGUCCAUACCGAGUGCGCCGAUGGCUGGUGGCCUCAUAAUGGCUUUUGCUACCGCACCCUGGCGGAAAAAGAGGCUGGAAGCUGGGAGGAGUCGUCCCGAGCCUGUGGCUCUCUGGGUGCAAACCUCACCAGUGUACAUUCCUUGUCAGAGGUGGAGAUGCUGCUUAAUCUGCUGGCUAACUAUUCCAGGGAAAUUACAGAGGUCUGGAUCGGCCUAGUGAAGCAGGGGUCAUCACCAGGCAUAGAGUGGUCAGAUGGUACACCAGUAACUCUGACUCUCUGGGACCAGUAUCACCCUCCUACCAACAUGUCAGAUUCAACUCUUUGUGGCAAAGUGGAGAAAGAGAAAGGUAACUGGCUUUUAGCCACAUGUGACGAGCGACACCCUACUGUGUGCAGAAGGGAAAGCCAGAGUCCAGUUCAGCGUGAAGGAACCUGGGAUCAAGGGUGUCCUGCGGGUUGGAAGAGAUAUGGUCACUCCUGUUACACAGUAACUAGUCAUGAACAGACAUUUGAAGAGGCAACGUUAGGAUACUACUGCAAGGCUCCUCUCCUCACUCUGGAAAACAGGUUUGAGCAGGCUUUUAUUAACAGUUUGCUAAGUGCAAACGGAACCAACAGCAGCAUGUCGUACUGGAUCGGCCUCAAGGACGAGGAGGGGAAGGGGGAGUACAGAUGGCUUUCUCAGAAUGGCUCCUCUCUGCCUCUCACCUUCUCAAACUGGAACAAACAUCAGCCAGUCAGUUCCGGUGGCUGCGUUGCCAUGUCUGGUGGUCCUGCUUUGGGCCACUGGGAGGUGAAAGACUGCAAAUCCCACAAGGCUUUGUCAGUGUGUAAAAUGAGCAGCAGCCACAAUGAUGCUGUUCUGACAGGGCGUCACAUUGAUGCUUACGCCCCCUGUCCUCCAGGCUGGGAAUCACACUCUGGACUGCUUCACUGCUUUAAGGUGUUCCAUGAUGAGAAAGUCUUGAUGAAGCGCUCCUGGGUGGAAGCAGACUUCUUCUGCCAGGCCCUCGGUGCUCAGCUGGCCAGUUUCCAGCACUAUGAGGAGCAGUUGUUUGUAAAGCACCUGCUCAGCACCAUGUUUGAAGGAACAGAAGGCCGCUGGUUCUGGGUUGGUUUGAAUAAAAGAGAUCCCGAGCAACCUGGAGUCUGGGAGUGGUCCGAUGACUCUCCGGUAGUGGCGUCUUUCAUUGGAGACAAGAACGAGGAGGAUGACAGGAGGGACUGCGCUGUAUACAGUGACCUGACCAACACUCUGAUGCCACGCCCUUGUGACACCAAACACGAGUGGAUCUGCAAGCUGCCCAGAGGUGAAGAACUGAAGAAACCUUACUGGUACACUGAGCAGAGCCAGGCCUGGGUGUUUUACCGUGGAGCUGAGUACUUGCUGGCUAACCAGCUUUACAGCUGGCACACAGUGUCUUUGGCUUGUCAGAUGAUGGGAGCCUACCUUCUGUCCAUUCACUCCAGGGAAGAGUCGCAAUUCAUCAAGGAGCGCUUACGACGGUUCUCCCUGGGGCCGAGAAGCUGGUGGAUUGGGCUUUCCUUUGGCCCACCAGGAGAGGAGGUCAGGUGGAGCGACAAAACGGAGAUACAGUUUCAGAACUGGGCAGAGGGGAGUUCAAACGCUGAUCUUAGAAGAAACGGGAUGUGUGCCUCCAUGUCUUCUUCUACAGGGAAGUGGUCAUUAAACAAAUGCAGGGAACUUCAUGGCUUUGUGUGCAAGAGAAGAACAGUGUCUGUGGUGGAGACUCCCCAGGAGCCGCACUAUAUUGGAGCAUGCCCAGAGAAGUGGCUCUACUUUGGACACAAGUGCCUCCUGCUUCACCUCCCUGGCAGCCCAAACGAAGGAAAGAGUUGGAAAGAUGCCCAGUCCAUCUGCUCUUUGUUUCAAGGCUCCCUGGUUGCCAUAGAGGAUGAGAUUGAACAAGCAUACAUAACCAUGCUGCUCCAGGGCAGCUCUGCAGGUGUGUGGAUCGGUCUGUGGGACGAGGACACAAUGAAAUGGACCAACGGGAAACCAGUCAGCUACACCAACUGGUCUCCAGAGCCAAAUUAUUCUUACUCUAGGGAGGACUGGCUCAGUAGAGAUGUCGAUGAACCGCUCUGCACGGUUUUGUCCAACAACCACAACUUCCACCUCACUGGGAAGUGGUAUGACGAGAAGUGCAGCAAGACCGGAUAUGGCUUUGUUUGUCAAAAACCCCAAGACACAUCCAAACCCCCCACCCACUCCUAUCACCACCCUCUUCCUGACAACAUUGAGUACAGGAGCAGCACCUACAAGGUUGUGUCUGGUAACAUGAGCUGGUACGACGCAAUGCACAUGUGCCUAGAAAAUGAUUCUGAGCUAGUGAGCAUUACAGAUGCCUACCACCAGGCUUUCCUUACUGUCCUUGUCAAUAGAUUGGACGCCCCCCACUGGAUCGGACUGUACAGUCAAGAUAGUGGCAUCAAUUAUAAGUGGUCAGAUGGCAGUGACACAGUAUACACACACUGGGACCCAUCCAAUGAUGAAGAUGAUGACUUUGUUUCUGGAGACUGUGUGUACAUGGACGUGAACGGGGGCUGGAGGAGAGCAGACUGUGAGACUCGGUUACCAGGAGCUCUUUGUCGCAUUCCUCUGCCAAGCAGUAAACCAUUUAUUUCUUAUGAGACGUCCUGUCCAUCCACCUGGGUGAAGUUUGGACGAGGUUGCUACAACUUUGAGCCAGUGGUUGAGAAACUCACCUUUGAAGAGUCAAGAAUCCACUGUAAACAGAAAGUCAACACCUCAGAUGUCCUGACCAUUGAAAGUGAGACAGAGAACCGCUUUGUGCUGGAGCAGCUGUGGUCUUCUGGUUUCCUUCACCGCACUAUUUGGUUGGGAAUGUACUUCAACAUUGACACUGAUUCAAUGUCCUGGGUUGAUGGUUCACCAAUGGACUACACCAACUGGGCUAAUAAAGGCCCAGACACAAAGCAGCUCACUGCAGAUACCUGUGUUACAACCAGGGUGGUCGAUGGUGUGUGGCAUUUAUCAACAUGUGGGGAGCAGCUGGGUUUCAUCUGCAAAACCUUCUCAGAUGUAACUACUGAGGUGGAAGUGGAACCAUUAAAUGGUUUGCAUCAUGGCGUCAUUUCUGCUGCAGUGCUGGUGGCAGUGUUGAUCUUUGUCCUCCUGGCAGGAACCAUGUGGUUUUUUUACAGGAGGAAUCCAGCAUGCUUUCGUGGUUCGCCCUCACUAGGUAGCGCUUAUUACAGACAAACUGACUCUCAAGCAGCAGAAUCAGAUGGAAACGUUCUGAUUACAGACCUGGAUGCCUACUAUGGAGAAUAACACCUAAGGAUUUUGAUAAUUUAAUAGCCUUUGUGUGUGUCUCAGAGUUUCCUUAUCAGGGUGUAAGGGCCAAUGAAGUCAUAAAGCUGUGACACCCAACUUCUCUGCAGACCUGGACAGUGGAUGUUUUUGAAGUAUCCUCAUGGCUCUCUGGUUUGGUUUAUUCCAUUCAACAUUAGCAUCAGCAUUGAACUGAGACUAAAGUAGGACUCAGUCCAGUCUGCCAGUAUGGAGAACCAGUGUUCUAUAUGUUAUACUUGAACUAAGAUCAGUUUAUUUAAAAUAUUGCGUAAAUGAUAGAGAGAGCUGUAAGCUUUGAAUUUUCACACAUUUUUAAUAA